AAUCUACAGAGGACGAGAAAGACUGCCCCAUUGUCCUGAAUCACACUUGAGAUGUUCUUUCUAACAAUAAGUACAGUUUACAAGCUUUAAAAGCCAUGCAUUCUGAACAAACGCGCAAGAUGUUCCACCUUCAUUGUAAAAUUGGCGUGUCGUGGAUCUGUCAAAUUAACAUAAACGCUGCUUGGUAAUCCCAACAGCUGUCGCAUAUAACACUUAACCAGUAACCUUAGACGGUAAGUGACACCUUUUGUGCAUAGUUUACCCAUUAACAGUGCCUAAAGCAAUCUAAUUGGCGGAGAGCGCGACUGUCUUUGUUUAAGGUGCUUUAGCAGUAAAUUACGUAUUCAGCGGUAAUGUCUACCUCAACGGGAGAUUGUGUACCUUGACAACGAACCAAAGCCAAAAAGUUUGCUCAGCAGUUCAACAGAAUCUACUGAUUGCAGUCGAAGUUUAAAGCGUUAAAAAUGGGCUUCACAGAAUUAACCAACCCUCAUAAAGCCAGCAAUUUGCCAGGAUACCGCGGUUACUGUCCUCAGCUGAAAUACGAAUGCGGCCAUACAUAUGGAAUCGCUACUGAUAAACUCACAACAAGGCACAUGCGAAACGAGAAGCUUGUCCCGAUGACUCUACCAGAUCCGAGAGAGAGACAACCUUUUCUGCCCCAACCGAAUGGAGAUAACAAACUCACGGCUGCCAUGGUUCCCUACUACACAGGUUACGUUCCUACGAUGCGAUUCUUGUACGGUUCUCGCUACAGAGAAGCAACAGAGCAGGCUGUCAGCGAUUUCAUGAAGAAGGACAAAACUCACAGAGCAGAACAAGAUGAUCUGAAAAAAACUGUCUACAGUCAUCCGAAACUAAAACCUGUACCAACUUACAGAGAACCUACAAAUUACCCCGAUCUAACGCCUAAAUACGCUAAAGGAUACUUUCCCAGUGAACAUCGUGAAUUCUGCGAGGCACCUUUACCAGGCUACACGGGUUAUGUACCACGGAGGAGAGAGCAUGACCUGGGAACUAGGUAUGCCACCUGGACCAAAGGCGGAUUCACGGACUCUCUUGAAAUGCGUAUGAAACAGGAAGGCUUAGCUACCCAAGCCAUUGACGUAACCAGGAUGCCAGUUGCAACAGUGAAGCCGCUGAUCGCAGAGCACGGAACGCUGUACAGGGAAAUGGGAAUGAAACCAAAAUACACAGGAUACAUACCACAGCGGCGUUUCAGAUUCGGCAACACAUAUGGUGACACAACUCGGUCAUUACCUGUCUGUUUUGACACAUUUGGAUAUUCAACUGCCAAAUACCUGACAACACCCGUCAUGUGAGGGGCCUUGGCAUACUUUCGCGAAAAAAACCUGUCUCUUCAAGUGUUAGAGAGGAAAUUUCGCUACAUAAGUUUUACUAGGAUCACCUUAGUUGAAAAUUUAUCGUUGUUCUUAACUUCUUUUAGUAAAUAUUGCAAAAUUUAGGUUUAAACUAAACGAAUUACGAAGAAAAAUGUCAUCAAGUCUAAGUUGAGGUAUAAGAACGAGCAUCAAGUAAGUUACAGCAGAUCCCAAUUCCCUCAAUUUAUUCCAAAACGAGGAAACAACAAAUGCCUGCUUUGCCAUUUGAGAAUCGACCUUGCUUCGUUUUGUACUUAUUCUCAAAACGAUCAAUCCUCCUGAAAAAGAAAAUAUGUUCUGUUUCUUAAACUUGUGGCGUUCCUUGAUCCUAUCAGUGCUUUGGUUCUAAACCUUAGGUGAUGGGUGAAUCAAUUUUUUUAUGUGUUGAUAAAUAUUCAGGUGAGGAGCAUAAUAGUUCAGUAUGUAUAGUUUGCCAACCUAAAUUAACCUGUUAACUUAAUUUAUUGAGAGUGAUUUCAUUAUCUAACAGUGAGAUAAACCCCGAGCGUUCUAAUAGAUAUAUUUUUUUCACAAGC